UUUCUUUUUCCUUUCUUUUUUCUUUCUCUUUCACUUUUUUUAAAUACAUAUACGCGAAAAUGGCUGAUCAAUUGACUGACGAUCAAAUUGCUGAAUACCGUGAAGCUUUUCAACUAUUUGACAAGGAUGGUGAUGGUACUAUUACUGCCAAGGAACUCGGUACUGUUCUCCGUUCUUUUGGUAUGAAUCCUAACGAAGCGGAACUUCAAGAUAUGGUCAACGACGUGGAUGCUGAUGGUAAUGGUACUAUUGAUUUCCAGGAAUUCUUGGGUUUGGUGAAAAACUUGAAAACUGACAAUGAAGUGGACGAUUUGAAGGAAGCUUUCAAGGUAUUUGACUCGAAUGGUAAUGGAUUCAUCGAUCGUGAAGAAUUACGUAAAGUGAUGCAAUCUUUGAAUGAAUCUCUUUCUGAGGAAGAAUUGGAUGCUAUGAUCAAAGAAGCUGACAAGAAUGGUGAUGGACAAAUCAGUUUUGAAGAAUUCAAGGUCAUGAUGGGUGCUUAGAAACAAAGAACUUUUUAUACAUAUAUUUGUAUAUAUAUAUAUUUAUAUAUAUUCACUAUCUAGCAGUAGUAUUACAUUUGUUUAUUUCUUGUUCUUUAUCAUUUACAUUCAUUUUUUUUUAUUUCCCUUUUUCAUAUACAACUAUUUAUCCACAUUACAAUCUGUUUCCCCCCAAUUCGAUUAUGUAUUAUCAUCAAAUGAAGCAUUUGUUUUCAAGCUGUAGAUCAGCCUUUACUCCUUUUUUUUUUUUGAAUAAAAACAAGAACUUGUUUUACCUUU